CUGUAAAUUUUUCUCAGACCCCAAAUUUCCUUUCGCUUUUUCUCUACAGGUUUCUAUUUGAAGAGAGAGAGAGAGAAGCGAAGGAAAUCUCAGCCCUAAUCUCCGUCGCUAUCACCGUCCGGUCAAUCUCCGAAUCUUGAAAUCAUCUGAUCAGGUCUGAGCAGAGCGUGAUUGUCCGGGAAUCUAUUAGUUCAUUACCAAGUUUCAUGUCUGAGCUCGACGUCCAGAUCCCUACUGCCUUUGAUCCGUUUGCUGAGGCAAAUGCUGAGGACUCAGGUGCUGGAACAAAAGAUUAUGUGCACAUUCGUAUACAGCAGCGUAAUGGUAGGAAAAGCCUGACAACAGUGCAGGGACUGAAGAAGGAAUUUAGCUACAACAAGAUUCUCAAGGAUCUUAAGAAGGAAUUUUGCUGCAAUGGUACAGUUGUCCAGGACCCAGAACAGGGGCAGGUGAUUCAACUCCAAGGUGAUCAGCGGAAGAACGUGUCUGCCUUCCUAGUUCAGGCUGGCAUUGUGAAGAAGGAGAAUAUCAAAAUUCACGGUUUCUGAGCUGCAGGAACUCAAAGUGUGUGCAAACCAUCCCCUCAUGAACAUGUUAUUUGGACACUAUAUUGUCCAAGUUUGCUAUUCAAGUUUGCUGUUUGAUUUGUACUUUUAGUUUGUUCUAUCAUAUAUAUACAAGGCAACUGUGUGAUGCACCAUGAACAUCAUUAUGGAAUGUAUGACAACUUAUGUCGAUCUUAAUCAAAUUACGAGUGUUCCUUGUUUUC